ACUAUGUAAAACUUGACUUAAAUCUGUACAACCGUUAUGUGUAUAAUGUGAUAUUAUUUGAUAAACAAUAUUUUAAAAAAGCAUGGGCUUACCAAUAUAUAAUACGAUGGAACAUAAAAGACAAGCAAAUUAAGAAAAAUAGUUAAGGUUGGCUAUUGGUAUUAAAUACACAUACAGUAACAAAACUUAAUUAAAGACAUUUUAAAGUUAAAUAAUACAAUACAUAACUUUUUUAAACAUUCAAAAAAUUUUCCAACAAGACACUUAUUUAAAUAGACAUAAGAGCCAACUGACUAAUUCUAAUUAGUUACUAGAUUGUCUGAUGAGUUAUAAGAAAAUUUAAAAAAAUAAUGUCUAAGAUCACAGAAAAGUUUCCCCUUAAGUGUCCAAUAUGUAAAAAAACUAUUUUAACUAAUUGGGAAAUGAAGAAUCAUAUAUAUGUGCAUACAGGUGAACGUCCAUUUCAAUGCUUGACGUGUGAGGAAACAUUUAUUGAACUACAUAAGGUAAAGUGUCAUUUGUUGACACAUUCUGUCAAGUUUCCUUUUAAGUGCACUACAUGUGGAAAAUGCUUCACAACCAUUAGCAAAAUGAAGAGACAUACAUUAAUUCACACCGGGGGAAAACCUCAUAUUUGUCAUAUAUGUGGAAAAUCGUUCACACGCAAAUAUCAUAUGAAACAUCAUAUAUUGGUUCACACUGAAGAACGACCUCAUAAGUGCACUAUAUGUGGAAAAUCGUUCACAAGAAAAUGUCAAAUGAAACGUCAUAUAUUGGUUCACACCGAAGAGCGACCUCAUAAGUGCAAAAUUUGUGGAAAAUCCUUCACGACCAUUGGCAAUUUGAAGAUACAUACAUUAACUCACACUGGAGAGCGACCUCAUAAGUGUACUAUUUGUGGAAAAUCCUUCACAACCAUUGGCAAUUUGAAGAUACAUAGAUUAACUCACACUGGAGAACGACCUCAUAAGUGCACUAUAUGUGGAAAAUCCUUUAACCAACUCAGCCAUAUGAAGAAACAUACAACGCUUCAUACGGAAGAGCGACCUUAUGAGUGCACUACAUGUGGAAAAUCCUUCAACCAACUCAGCUAUUUAAAGAAACAUAACCGAAUUCAUACUAAAGAGCAUACUGAAGAGCGACCUCACUUGUGUCCUAUAUGUGGAAAAUCCUUCAAAUCCAAUAACGGAAUGACACUACAUGCAUUGGUCCAUACUGAAGAGAGACCUAAUUUGUGUCCUAUUUGUGGAAAAUCCUUCACAACCAUUGGCAAUUUGAAGAUACAUACAUUAACUCACACUGGAGAGCGACCUCAUAAGUGUACUACAUGUGGAAAAUCCUUCAAAACCAUUAGCCAAUUGAAGUUACAUACAUUAACUCACACUGGAGAGCGACCUCAUGAGUGCACUAUAUGUGGAAAAUCCUUCACAACCAUUGGCAAAAUGAAGAUACAUACAUUAAUUCACACUGGAGAGCGACCUCAUAAGUGCACAACAUGUGGAAAAUCCUUUAACCAACUCAGCAAUAUGAAAAAACAUACAACGAUUCAUACUGAAGAGCGACCUCAUAAGUGCACAACAUGUGGAAAAUCCUUUAACCAACUCAGCAAUAUGAAAAAACAUACAACGCUUCAUACUGGAGAGCGACCUCAUAAGUGCACUAUAUGUGGAAAAUCCUUCUUAACCAACCACAAAAUGAAGACACAUACAUUAAUUCAUACUGGAGAGCGACCUCAUAAGUGCACUACAUGUGGGAAAUCCUUCAACCAACUCAGGUAUUUAAAGAAACAUAACCGAAUUCAUACUAAAGAGCAUACUGAAGAGCGACCUCACUUGUGUCCUAUAUGUGGAAAAUCCUUCAAAUCCAAUGGCGGAAUGAAACAACAUGCAUUGGUCCAUACUGAAGAGAGACCUAAUUUGUGUCCUAUAUGUGGAAAAUCCUUUAAAACCAAUACUGCUUUGAAGAUUCAUACAUUGGUUCACACUCGAGAGCGACCUCAUAAGUGCACUACAUGUGAAAAAUCAUUCAACCAACUCAGCGCUAUGAAGAGACAUACAAUGGUUCAUACUGAAGAACGACCUCAUUUGUGUCCUAUAUGUGGAAAAUCCUUUAAAACCAAUAGUGUUUUGAAGAUUCAUACAUUUGUUCACACCGGAGAGCGACCUCAUAAGUGCACUACAUGUGGAAAAUCCUUUAAUCAACUCUGCUGUAUGAAAGAGCAUACAGUGGUUCAUACUGAGGAACGACCUCAUUUGUGUCCUUUAUGCGGAAAAUCCUUCAAAUCCAACAGCCAUUUAAAAAAACAUACAUUGGUCCACACGGGAAAGUGACCUCAUAAGUGCACUACAAGUGGAAAAUCCUUUAAGAAACUCAGCCAUAUGAAGAAACACACAACGGUUUAUACCUCAUAAGUGCUCUAUAUGUGCAAAAUCCUUUAGGACCAAAAACAGUAUGAAGAAACAUACAACGCUUCAUACUGAAGAGCGACCUUACGAGUGCACUACGUGUGGAAAAUACUUGAAAUACAAAGACACAUUGAAGAUUUAUAUAUUGGUACACACCAGAGAGCGAUCUCAUAAGUGCACAUGUGGAAAUUGAACUACAGGUUCAUGAAGAUUGUUGUGAAAGCCUGAUGUACAUUUUGCCCAUGUUUAGCAUCAUUAGGAGCAGAGGUUGUUUUUAUAUCUUUUUAAACACUAUUACUUUUCAUAUAUUAUUAGUUGGUUAAUGAUUUAUGUAGCCAGCGCAGGAAUCCGAGCUUGCGUGUUGGGACCGAAAACGUUACAUAUCUUCUUUUAAUGUUUAACCCUCCAUUGGUGAUACCAGAGUUUUCCUCCGGGCGCAUUUGUUUUAAUAGAAAAAUAUGUAAUAUCGCCAGCCGGCAGCUUUAGAACUAACAGUACCUCACAUACAUCCUUCUACAAUUAUAUUGAUUGUACAUGGUUUAUGGUCGUUUUUGUAUUAUAAUAUGUGACAAAAAUACUUUUUCUAAUAUUUCAACACUCUGGAAAAAAACUCUGUGUGUCACCGAUUGAGUUGUUUUUGUUUACUCUAUAUUUUAUAAAUA